GCAGCUGUUGCUGUAUAUUACCCUGGCCAGUCCGCGCCAGCCCGCAGGCUGGAGGCAAGGCAGCCACGCUCGAGCCCGAGGUGCCGGUGAGCAGCUGUGGGGAGAGCAGGAGAUUCCCAUGUGAGUGUGCUGGCGCAGGGCCUAGAGGAGCCAGGGACCCGGCCGGGUGUCCCUGAGCAGGAUCUGGACGCGCCCGAGCCGAGCAUGCCCGAGCCGGCGCCGCUCAGCGCAGACAAGAGAGCAGCAGAGAAGAAGCGUGUGGAGAAGGUGGGAGUGAAAGGCAGUGCCGCGGUGCCUGCAGUCCCCAAGAGCCUCCCUGUGAAGACGAAGGUGGAGCCCCACAGCCUGGACCCUGCAGAGGAGCCGCUCAUCUGGGAAGGGCUCACCCUCAACAAGUGUAUCCUGGUGGCCUCCAUCGUCGCCCUGCUCAGCGUCAGCUUCCAGGUGCUCCAAGCACCACCGUGCUCCAGGGACGGUGUCAGCAGCAGCAGGCAGGAGCCUCCAGCACCUCCCAUCCCCGAGGUCACCGCCACCAAGGAGGAGGCCCCAGAAGUGGAAGCUCCCCAGCCCGUCCAGCCUGAAAGCAGCAUGCUGGAGGACGAUGACAGUGAUGACGACGGUGAUGAUGACAACAACGAUGCUGACAGCAACCUGGCUGAGCCCUGGAUCUUCAAGAAGUGGUUUGGCCGCUCGGAGCCGAAGGAUGAGGAGGAAGAGCCCACAGAGGAACCUGAGGAGCCGCCAGCCAAGGUGGAGGUGAGGAAGGGACGGGAAAAGCCCCGAGCCCCGGAGAAGAAGGAGGAGAAGGCCAAGGACAGCCGCGCAGCCCCGGCAGAAAGGAGCGGCCGGCAGGAUCCACGCCCCAAGGACAGAACCCCUGAGGACAAGCCUGUCAGAGCCCCCAGGGCGCCCAAGGAGCCGGAGCAGCAGCCGCACAAGAAGCGGGGCCGGGAGGGGAAGGAGAACCGGCAGGAGCGGGACGAGCCCCGGAGGGACAGAAGCAAGAGCCGCCCCGGCAGGGCCGAGCGCCAGGAGAGCACCCGGCGAGACUGGCGGCAGCCACGGGGCGAGCAGAGGGGCAAGAAGCCCUGGGAGCAGGCAGGGAAGGACGGCACGGCCAGGCCCCGGGAGGGCAGGCGGCGUGACUGAGGCUGGGACAAGAGGGGCGGCGGCGCUGCCUUGCGGGGGGGGGGAGAGGGGGUUCGAUCCUGCCACCACCCCCUGGCAAGGGCUGCGGAUGCACGGACUCUGUCUGUCUCCCGAGCCCCUGCAGCCACAGCCCUGCUGUGGCUGGAGAGGAGCCGGGGGCUGGUGCGGUCAGAGCAUGGUUUGGGGACAUUGGGGUCCUUCUGUGCCACCCGCACAUGCCAUCUGGCCAAGCAGGAGCCUUUGUGAAGACUUUGGGCCCCCUUUGAUGAGCUGCACAAAGGCAACCCGAAAAGCAGGGAAACGAGCUCCUCUCCAUCUGGGCUUCAUGCCCUCGCUCCAUCCCCAGCAGACAGCGCUCCUGCAGCUCGCCCGUGCUCCACGCUGCAACUGCAGCACCUGCGGCAUGGGCACAGCGCAGCCGGCACAGCGAUCCCAGCAAACAGAGGAUGUCUCCAGACUGCUUAGCUCUUGAAUUCAGUUACUGGUUUUAUUGAAAGCAAACGAAAGAGAGAAGUGUGUUCUGGGUUAAAGGAGCCAGGCUGCUGCCAGCCUUGGAGGGACAACAGGGAAUGGACAUCCGGCCCCGCUGCACGGAGGUGCAAAGCUUGCCCGGAGCAAAACCCCGCUGGCAGCGCCAUCGCCGGGGCUCCGCCUUGAACCUGCCUUCCCAGAGUCGCUUUUAGGAACAAAGCACAAGUGCAAUAUCAUGCAGUGCUGUAGCAACUACAGGAGACGUUCACAGCCCCAAACCACAGUGGGUUUGAGUAUUUGCUAAACAAGUAGAGGUUAAAAUAAACUAUUUUCAUUUUUAAUAAGGUAUUAAAUUGAAUG